AUGGCAAAGGGAAAAGGAGGAAAGAGCCUCAGGGCCAAGAAAACUAAGCAAGGAAAUCAUCAAGAAAUUGUAGAUACCAGUCCUUUUACUAAGCCACAGUUUCAUGUCCCAAAUGCCCAUCGUAUCCCUCCCAGGCCUCCAAAAGGAAGUAACCUUGGUUUCGAAACCAUCGUGAAUGAGAAACUGAAGAGCUCCCCCAAAGUCAAUACUGCCAGAGUGUUAAGAGCAAGAGAGAAGAACCAAGAUGGUGGUUCACCAUCACCGCUCAUCCAAUCAAUCUCACUACCAGUUUUUUGGUUAUGGAAGAUGAUCAUGCUGCUUCUUCAUGGCUUCAAGGCCCCGUUUUACGCGGAAAUUUCCCCCAUGACCACCGUCAGUGGUGUCCGCACCAUCGUCGAUGAAAAGCCGAAAUCCAAGAGGGGUGGAUCUAGAAAGAAGAGUAGGUAG